AAAGAGACAAGCUUACAUUGUGGAUAGACGCACGUGUGCAGAUAGGAGGUAGGAUUUUCCAAACUCACCGUAGCUUUAUUCGUGCUUGGGCUCGUCAUUUCAGAAAUCCUUGGGAUGUGAAGCUUUUGGGGAUGACAUGUGCGUGGCCAGUGGAGGCUGAAAUCAAUUUUCCUCUUAAUAUGGAUGAUGUGUGCAAGACGUACUCCAAACUAAGAGGAUCUUUAAGAUGGGCCUUUCGCUAAAUUCUCUACAUGCACUAUUUGUUCUUAUUAAUUUCCUCUAACAAUAACUUCCAUUAUUAUUCAUAUAUAUAUAUAUAUAUAUAUAUAUAUAUACCAUUAACACUACUCAUCGACACAGGCUUCCUUUCUCUCUCUCUCUCUCUCUCUCUCUUACAAAAACUAAACAAAUGGAUGCAAAGUUUGUUCUGCAUACCAGCAGCCCUUUCUCAUCUUUGGCUCACCGGAGCUACACCUGUAAGCCGCCGGUACGCUCCCCGCCUACUCUUGCCGUGCUCACAAGCCCAACGGAAACCAUAACCCAAGAAGCAACAAAGACGACGACUAGCGUGAUCUAUAACGAUAACUGGUUCGAUAAAAUUGCCAUUAACCAUCUAUCGCAGAGUGUUCAAGCAGCAUCAGGAUUGAGGAACAGCAAGAGUGGGUAUGAGAGCUUGGUGGAGGCAGCUAAAACAGCAUCGCACAACUUUAAUCCGAUUCAACAACGUGAUAUCGUCAUUCAAGCCCUCCAGAUUGCCUUCCCAAGGCCAAUCCUCUCUUUGAUAAAGACAGUGCUACCGCAAUCUAAAUUGGCAAGGGAAUAUUUUGCCGUCUUCACCACUGUGUUUUUUGCUUGGUUAGUCGGACCAUGCGAGGUGAGGGAAUCGGAGCUCAACGGAAGAAGAGAAAUGAAUGUAGUCCACAUAAAAAAAUGCAGGUUUUUGGAGGAGAGCAAUUGUGUGGGACUUUGCACUAAUCUCUGUAAGAUGCCAUCCCAAAUCUUUGUCAAGGAUUCACUAGGAAUGCCACUCAACAUGGUCCCUAAUUUUGAGGACAUGAGCUGCGAGAUGAUAUUCGGCCAGGAUCCUCCAGCUUCAUCCGAUGAUCCAGCAUUCAAGCAACCAUGCUAUAAAUUAUGCAAAGCAAACGUGAAACACAACAUCAGGUGCUCCGAUCCAGUUAGGGCACCAUUUGGAAAAGAUCCUUCUCUUUCUCACAGUUGAUGGUCAUUAUUCUUUCCACUUUUCUAUCUAUGUAGUAACUUUUUAUAAUUUUUAUUUGAAAUUCGGAGAAAUGCUAUACGUAUCAUUCUUCCGCAG